ACAUCAAUCGGAACGGGUUACGAUCUUUCCAACUCGGUCUUUUCACCAGAUGGCCGUAACUUCCAGGUCGAAUAUGCUGUAAAGGCGGUUGAGAAUGGCAGCACAGCGAUUGGUAUUCGAUGCAAGGACGGUGUCGUCUUGGCUGUGGAGAAGAUCAUCAGCAGCAAGCUCCUCAAGCCCGGGGCGAACAAGAGAAUCGCAACUGUUGAUCGUCACGUCGGCAUUGUAUCGGCGGGUUUGAUCCCCGAUGGUCGUCACUUUGUCUCCCGUGCCCGCGACGAAGCCUCCUCGUGGAGAAGCACGUACAAGGGUCCCAUUCCCACGUCCGCACUUGCGAACCGUCUCGGUGGCUACGCGCAAGCAUACACCUUGUACUCCAGUGUACGGCCAUUUGGCGUGACAUCCAUUAUUGCCGGGUGGGAUAGUGAGGCCGAGUUGCCGGUCGAUGGCCAGGUGGGCUCGGGCCCCAAAUCAGGAGCCGGCGGCAAGGUUCAGGACGCAAAGGCUGGCGGGCCUGGUCUGUACAUGGUCGAACCCAGUGGAUUGUACUGGGGAUACUAUGGCGCUGCGACCGGCAAGGGACGACAAGCGGCCAAGGCCGAAUUGGAGAAGUUGGAUCUCAGUUCGGGGAAGAUGUCGUUGAUGGAGGGUGUCAAGGAGGCGGCUCGUAUCAUCUACGUGGCCCAUGAGGACAGCAAGGACAAGGACUUUGAAUUGGAAAUGUCAUGGAUUAGCUCCAUGGACGGCCCAACCAAGGGCCGUCAUGAGGAGGUGCCCAGGGAGAUUCUCGAGGAAGCCGAGAAAGCCGCACGACGGGCGUUAGACGAUGAUGAGGAGGAAGAAGCAGAUAAGCCUUCCGGAGAGCAGAUGGAGGAGUAA